CGGGGAUCGAUGAAACGCGGGUGUUUACGUUUGCGCGAGUAUCUCGUCCGGAAUAGAUCGGUCCCAUGGGGAAUGCGGAAAAAUUCACGAAUUAACGAUUAAUGUGCUAGGCCGCGAUCAUGCUGCCGUGCGUAAUGUUGUUGUCGUCGCUGGCGACGGUCGUGGCCUUCGCCGAGAGCAUCUUAAUGACGGAGGUGUUCGUGAUUCCAAUUAGACCGGAGACUUUCGACUGGAGCACCGGGGACGGACAAACCGACCAGUUUUCGUAUCAACCCUCUCUGUUGAACGCGCCCGAUCUUCCCUCGUGGAUCCACUACACAUACAGCAAGAGGGAUCACCAUGGCUUUCUCUACGGUGUCGCGCCCAAACAUCAGAAAUACUUUCAGUUGGGGAUCGUGGGCCUAAACAAGCACACCUACGAGACCAGAUACAAGGUCCUGGACAUGAACGUGCUCGAGAGGGAGAAUCUGACCAAGCAUGAGAUCCAUUUGAAAAUCGAUAAUCUGAACGUCGAGGACAUGUUCGACCGCAACCGAACCGAGGAGCUUCUUGAUAUAUUUAGGAAAAAACUGUGGAAAGAGGCGACCGAUUUAUACGUGACGUUUCUCGCCUCCGCGAUCGAGUUGGGCGCCCGUUUACCUUUGAAACCGAGCGAGGGCGAAGGGGUUGUCGUGAGAUUGGGAAGUUCGAUGCCGUUCUCGCAGGAGUUGAACGAAUUACAGGAUGAAGUGAAGCCUUUAUGGAAAUUACCCUCGUGUCCGCGGGAUUUUAAACGGACCAGCGUCGAGAGACUCUUCAGGGAGGCCCGAUUCGCCUUGGACUGGUGCUCCUUCAGAUUGGUGGAGCAAGAACGUCAAGGCUUGCAGCACGAAAGCGCCAGACGUGGGCCGAGCAUGAACGUUCUCGGUUUACCCGCCUCUGGUGUUUUCGAGCACUCGGAAUGGCGAUGGGCGAGAUCGACCAAGGCUAGUAUACCCACCAGAAGUUAUUUCAGGGAAAUCGCCACCACGAUAUUCGUACCGACCACCCUACUUCUCGUGCUGGCCGCGUUGCUCAGCACGGUGCUGUGCCUGAACCACGAAAACAUCGAAAAAAGGGAGACCAGACCCGGAGAAGGGAUUAGCAAUAAUAACAUACAAAUGGUCCAAUACGCUGUCCCAGAAAGGGGUACUUUGAAGUCGCUUGCAGUUCAGCCAUCCAGUCCCAGUGAUUCUUUGUUAAGAAGUCCCAGGAUGCCCAACGAACGUUGCAAUCCGUACGUGCGACCGAAUCCACCACCCUAUACUGGUCCAAACAACUUGCCUGGCAUUCGAUCUGAUUUCUGACUACACGAGGAGCCAGCUAAGACAUGGUUUUGCUGAGCGAAUGAGCUUUAAUGUCCACGGGAGAAAUUGCAAAAUCGUUGAAACUGGCUCCGCAUCGUUAUCUUCAGAAUUAUUUGCCUUCAAUAAUUGGUAGUUUUGAUGAUUAUUAGUACAUGACGUUUGAUGUUACGUAAUCGCGCAAAAAAUUCGUUUUCACGAUACAUCGUGCUACAUUACUGAGGCACAAUGAACUAUACAGCAUUCAUAUUGUGUAAUUUAUUUAUAACGAAUCAGUGUACAUAUAUCAUUUAGCGACUUUCGAAAGGUAUGUAUUUAAAUAAAUAUACAUAUAUACGAAUUCCA